UCUCUCUCUCUCCGCUUCUCCGCGUUGAAAAUGGAGCCGCCUCUUGCUCUGUGGCGGUUGUACGCCUUUCAACGCCUCCUCUUCGCCGCCGUUUUAUUCUCAACCGGGACAUUAUCUCUAGGGAAAUACGUGCAGGGCAACCUGAGCACUAAGGAGGACUGGGUGUUCCUGACCCGCUUUUGCUUCCUGACGGAUUUCGGACGCCUGGAAUUCCGGUUCAGGUAUCCGGAGUCCAGGUGCUGUCAGAAUAUCCUGCUGUACUUCGAUGACAGCACACAGUGGCCGGCUGUCUAUAAGAAAAAUGACCAGGAUUGCUACAGUAAGGAAUCAGUCUUGAGGCCAGAGAACAAUCAAGUCAUUAACCUGACGACGCGCUACACCUGGUCAGGAUGCCAGGUGGAGGCGGGGUCUCGCUACCUGACCUGUCUGGGGGGGCGGAGUUUCAGGUCGGUGAGGGAACGCUGGUGGUACAUUGCACUGAGCAAGUGCGGGGGGGAUGGUCUGGAGUUGGAGUACGAGAUGAAACUGACCAACGGAAACUCGUUCUGGACAAAACACUUCUCAGCAGACGAGUUCGGGAUCCUGGAGACUGACAUCACCUUCCUCAUCAUCUUCACCGGGGUCUUCAUCCUGUCCUGCUACUUCGCAUUUAUCCUGAAGGGGAGGCAGCUCCUUCACACCACCUACAAGAUGUUCAUGACAGCGGCAGGAGUGGAGGCUCUCAGUCUGCUGUUGUUCUGUAUCUACUGGGGUUUGUACGCCAACGAUGGGGUCGGGAACGGCAGCCUCAAGAUACUGGCUAAGCUUUUGUUCUCAGUCAGUUUCCUCAUCUUCCUGCUGCUGCUGAUUCUGCUGGGGAAAGGAUUCACAGUCACCAGGGGUCGCAUCAGUCACAGUGGUUCAGUGAAGCUGUCAGUCUACAUGACCCUCUAUACCAUCACACACGUCAUCCUGUUUAUCUCCGAGGCUGAGUUCUUUGACCCAGGGCAGGUGGUGUAUGCCUAUGACUCCUCUGCUGGCUAUGGCCUCAUCACCCUGCAGUUCGUUGCCUACGUGUGGUUCUGCUACGCCGUUCUCAUCACUCUGAAGCAUUUCCCUGAGAAGCAGGCAUUCUACGCCCCUUUCUUCGCUGCCUACACUCUCUGGUUCUUCGCAGUCCCUGUCAUGGCUCUCAUCGCUAACUUCGGCAUUCCCAAGUGGGCUCGGGAGAAGAUUGUGAACGGGAUUCAGCUGGGAAUUCACCUGUACGCCCACACGGUGUUCCUGAUAAUCACGCGCCCCUCCGCAGCCAAUAGGAACUUCCCGUACCACGUGCGGACCUCGCAGAUCGGGAUAAUGGAGAGCCCGAGGGAGACCUUCCCUCACCACGGAUACGGAAACGUGACCUUCAUCAGCGACUCGGUGCCCAACUUCACAGAGCUCUUCUCCAUCCCCUCCGGCGACGGAGCGCCCCCUAGCGCCGGGAACGGGAAGGCUGUUGAGGAGACGGUGGCCCCGAAGGGACAAUCCCAGAGCCGGAUCAUCACCACCACGGCUGAGCUGAGCGGCCCUGUGCCCCUCCCCCCCUCCGCCCCCCUCCCUCCCUCCCUGCAGCCCCCUCCGCCCCCCCGUCCUCUCACUCAACACACAGGGGGGGGCUUCCCAGAGUACUUCAGCAUUCAGGGGGAGAAGCCAGCACAGGAAUGAGGGGGCGCGGGGGGGCGGGGGGGGAGACUGAGGAGAGAGACUGGGAGAGACUGGAAAAGAAUGCAGAGAGAAUGAGGGGAAGGAUGGGGCUGGCAUUGAGAGAAAAGAGAAACUGUGUGAGAGGGGGAGUGAGGACAGAUUGGAGGAGGGAGACAGCGAAGGAGUGAGAGAGUGCUGGAGAGAGAGAGAGAGUGAGAGAGGUGUGUGUGUGUGGGUGCAAGGGAGGGUGGAGAGAGACGGAGAGACCAGACUGAGCAAUGUGUUAUAAUCAAAAUGGAGAUCAAUCAGCAUUCAUAAACUGCCCAACACAACAAUGUGCCCU